CAAGCGGAAUGAACGGGUCGUUUGUGACCCUGAUGUUUUUGGAAAAUCAUUUUAAAUCCACACGUAAUAACUUGGACAUAUGCAAAACAUGCCAGGAUUGUGGGUGGGAUUUAAUCUCUUCAUUUCCUUACCUUUGAAAGGAAGGCCUUUCUAGGAGGCUUGCCACAGGACUUGGUGAAAUUCCGCAAUUGUCUGAGCGCGAUUCUCAUGUCAAUGUCCCAGUUGCUCUCCUUAGCGCCUGCCGUCCGCCAGGACCAACGCGCAGACAAGUACAGGCCUCGCUCGGCCCACACUGAAUGGAUGAAACGCACUUACAUUUCCGCUCCUUUAAAGACGGAAGAGAAUGAGGCAAACUGUGGCCUCUAGAGCAGCAGAGUGGGGUGCUCUGGGGGGAAGCACACCAGCCACCCCACCUGGCGACGGCCCCUGAGGCUGACAGCGGCCACUGUCCCCACACACAGGGUUGGGGAUGACUGCAUGAUCUUUAGGUCGAGCUGCCUGAGUCUAACGGGGGAAAAGCUCUUCCUCCUUCUGGUGGAGGAGGAGGCAGGGAGAAGGGCUGCGCCCCACCCCGGAGCGGAGGGCCGGGCAGGGCACUGGGUUCAUGGCUCAGGGCGCACGGGAAGGCAGGAGGGGACUGCGAGUGAUGAGAACUUCUCCCCUUUCGGAGUUCCAACUGGACUUCUGUUUGCCCAGAUAAAAGCUCCGUAUAAUUCUCACUGACAUGCGGAUGGUAAUUACCAACACAAAACAAACUAAAACCCACCCACCCACUGCUGACCCUCAUGUAAGGGCAGAAGCCUGAGCCGUGGGGGCCGGUCCCCGUGACCGCGGAGAAGAAGGGAUGCUGGGUGGGGACGCCGGGCAUCCACACGGUCACUGCAUUGAAGGGCUCGGGAUUCUUCCCACUGCAGGGGCCGUCCGGCUUCGUGGCGGUGCCCACCGGGUGGAAGGCACAGUGGAGGUGUACGCCAACAGCGUGUGGGGCGCCGUCUGCAGCAGCCACUGGGACGACGCGGACGCUGCGGUCGUCUGUCACCAGCUGCAGCUGGGGAGAAAGGGAGUCGCAGAACACACCCCGCUGUCCGGGCUGGGCCGCAUCCCCGUUCACUGGAGCGGCGUCCGCUGCCGAGGAGACGAAGAGAGCCUCCAGCUGUGCGCCAGGGACGCCUGGCGGGGUGGAGUGUGCCCACGGGUAUCAGGAGGUGGUGUCACUGUCUCUGAUUUCCCAGGCGCAGGCCCCGCCUCCCCCGUCCUGCGCCUCGCAGGUGGGAGCAGCGUGCACGAGGGCCGCGUGGAGCUCUACCACGCUGGCCAGUGGGGGACCGUCUGCGACGACCAGUGGGACGACGCCGACGCGGAAGUCAUCUGCAGGCAGCUGGGCCUCAGUGGCGUCGCCAGAGCGUGGACGCGGGCCUACUUCGGGGAGGGGUCCGGCCCGGUGCUGCUGGACGAGGUGCGCUGCACGGGCAACGAGCUGGCCAUCGAGGAGUGUCCGAAGGGCUCCUGGGGCGAGCACAAUUGUGGCCACGGAGAGGACGCCGGCGUGUCCUGCACCCCUCUGACGGACGGCGUCCUCAGACUCGCAGGGGGGAAGGACAGCCACGAGGGCCGCCUGGAGGUGUACUACGGGGGGCAGUGGGGGACGGUCUGUGACGACGGCUGGACGGAGCUGAACGCGCACGUGGUGUGCCGGCAGCUGGGGUUCAGGCACCGGCCGUCUCUGGGUUUCCCCAUCAGACUGGUGGACGGAGAAAAUGAGAGAGAGGGGCGCGUGGAGGUUUUCCUCCGGGGCCAGUGGGGAACCAUCUGUGACGACGGCUGGACUGAUCGGGACGCGGCUGUGACCUGCCGGCAGCUCGGCUACAGAUAUUACUUUGAGUUACUGCUCAGUUUUGGACCUAGUUACAAUUCCAGUUGCCCGCUGGCCAGUGAGUGCAUUAUUGGUGAUCACAUGUUCAGUGUCCGCAAUUGGCAUGUGACGUGGAUUUCCAGCUUUGAAAGUCGGGCCCUGGCCGACUCGACUGCCUCGGAGGUUGGCCGGCACAACUGCCGCCACAGUGAAGACGCGGGCGUGAUUUGUGAUUAUUUUAGCAAGAAAGCGCCAGGUGACGGAGAUAAAGCGCCCGUCCCGCCCGGCUGUGGGCUCCGACCGCUGCACCGUCGGCAGAAGCGCAUCGUUGGCGGGAAGAACUCUCUAAGGUACAGGCUUGGGGCAGACUCCAGGGCAGAGGGACUGGGAUGCACUCGGGUACAAACUGGGGGCAUGCUGGCCUCAUGGCGUUUUCCCAUCACCCCCGGCCACGCUGAGCCUCCGGACCUGGGGGCGCCGCUGCAGAUGCGUGGGCUCCGACCGCUGCACCGUCGGCAGAAGCGCAUCGUUGGCGGGAAGAACUCUCUAAGGAAGUCAGGGAGUGGGGUCCCAGUGCUCAGGGGGGUCUGCUCUGCAGCCCGCAUCUGGGAGGCAGCCACGGCAGAGCUUCCCGAGAACAUGGCCGAGCGCCCGCCUCUCAGGUACGGGAACAGCUCUCGGAGCUACGCUGUCCGGGUCGGGGAUUACCACACGCUGGUGCCCGAGGAGUUUGAAGAAGAAAUCGGAGUCCAACAGAUUGUCAUCCACGGGGCGUACCGGCCGGACAGCAGUGACCACGACAUCGCCCUGGUCAGGCUGCAGGGGCCGGACAGGCAGUGCGCCAGGCUCAGCAGCCACGUUCUGCCCGCCUGCCUGCCGCUCUGGAGAGAGAGGCCACAGCGGACAGCCGCCGGCUGCCACAUCACAGGCUGGGGAGACACAGGGCGAGCCUACGCCAGGACCCUGCAGCAGGCCGCCGUGCCCUUGCUGCCCCGGAGGCGG